CUUAAUUGUUUUUUCAAAGGAUUACGUAACACAUUUUCGGCAGCUCAGCCUCAGCUCAUAAACCAAUGCCAAUCCACUCACAACAAGAUGCCUCAUUUUCCCCGAUCCCAAUUAUUCUAACAUUUUACUCAGAUUCCCAGAUAUUCAAUUUCACCAUUUUUCUCAUCAUCAUAUUCCCAAGAUUUCAGUCCCUAUCUCCAUCGUCUUUCCUUCAAUCUUUCUUUCUUUACGAGUAUGGCGUCUUCCCUGGGUUUAACCCAUCUCAAUGGCCUCACAUCCUCCCGCGUCGCUUUACCAUCGUCUCGCCGCCGUGUCAGUGGCAGAACAAGAGUUGGUGGCUUGAAGAUCGUUGCUUCAGAAACGAAGCAACAAGAACCUGAUCUGAGUGUCAACGUUAAUGGCCUACAUAUGCCCAAUCCAUUCGUAAUCGGGUCGGGUCCUCCAGGGACCAACUAUAAAGUCAUGAAAAAAGCUUUCGAUGAAGGCUGGGGUGCAGUCAUAGCUAAAACAGUGUCGCUAGAUGCUGCCAAAGUUAUCAAUGUUACCCCUAGAUACGCCCGCCUACGAGCUGGCGUGAACGGGUCAACUAAAGGGCAAGUUAUUGGGUGGCAAAAUAUUGAACUUAUAAGUGAUCGACCUUUAGAAACAAUGUUGAAAGAAUUCAAACAAUUGAAAGAAGAGUAUCCAGACAGGAUACUUAUUGCAUCAAUCAUGGAGGAAUACAACAAAGCUGCAUGGGAAGAACUCGUUGAUCGAGUCGAACAAACUGGAAUUGAUGCUAUUGAAGUCAAUUUCUCGUGUCCUCAUGGCAUGCCCGAAAGAAAAAUGGGGGCAGCAGUCGGGCAGGAUUGUGAUUUGUUGGAAGAGGUAUGUGGAUGGAUCAAUGCUAAAGCUACGGUUCCUGUUUGGGCAAAAAUGACUCCAAAUAUUACAGAUAUUACUCAGCCAGCUAGGGUGGCCUUGAAAUCCGGAUGCGAGGGUAUAGCUGCAAUUAACACAAUAAUGAGUGUGAUGGGCAUUAAUUUGAAGACAUUACAUCCCGAGCCUUGUGUUGAGGGAUACUCAACUCCAGGAGGCUAUUCUUCAAAGGCAGUUCAUCCCAUUGCACUUGCAAAAGUAAUGAGCAUUGCACAAAUGAUGAAAUCAGAGUUUCAAGAUGGAGACUAUUCAAUUUCUGGAAUUGGAGGUGUAGAGUCUGGUGGAGAUGCUGCUGAAUUCAUUCUUCUUGGUGCAAAUACAGUUCAAGUUUGCACGGGUGUGAUGAUGUAUGGAUAUGAUUUGGUAUCGAAGCUGUGUGAGGAGCUCAAGGACUUCAUGAGAGCUCAUAACUUUACAACCAUAGAAGAAUUUAGAGGGGCUUCACUUCAAUAUUUUACUACGCAUACUGAACUUGUGAGAAUACAGCAAGAAGCAAUUAAGGAGAGACGGGCGAUCAAGAAAGGAUUGGCAUCUGAUAAAGAUUGGACUGGAGAUGGAUUUGUGAAAGAAAGUGAAAGCAUGGUUUCUAAUUGAUGAUUAAAACAUGGAUAAAUUAACGAAAAAGACUUGUUUAUGAAUUGUUUCGUAAGUUAAAUAUAUUUACAUGUUUUCCUUUCUGUGUAAAAGUGUACUCUUUAGCGUUGCAAAUAAAGCGAUUGUGUUCGUAUGGGUUACAAACGGUAGUUAUGAUGUUGAUCAUCAUCAUUCAACAUUAGAUAUGUGUUUUGAAGGUUUGGUUGAUUGAAUGCUAAAGCGAUGAUGAUUUACGAUAUGUUUUUUUUGGAA